CCGCCGUUUCCGCCAGUACUUCCUUUCCGGCAGCGGCUGAAUCCUCGCCAACAUGCCACUCGCAAAAGACUUGUUGCACCCGACCCCUGAGGAGGAGAGGAGGAGGCACAAGAAGAAGCGUCUCGUACAGAGCCCUAACUCAUACUUCAUGGAUGUCAAGUGUCCAGGAUGCUAUAAGAUCACCACAGUGUUCAGCCAUGCUCAGACAGUAGUGCUCUGUGUUGGCUGCUCAACUGUGUUAUGUCAACCCACUGGAGGCAAAGCACGUCUCACAGAAGGGUGUUCCUUCAGGAGGAAGCAGCAUUAAGCUCUUUGCUAGGUGUUCCAGUAAAGAGGAAGAGAGAGAUGGGGUUGGACCCUCGUGAACUCUGCUUCUGGCUUUGAUCUUUGAUCUCUGCUGAUUCCACAUGAAAGAAGGAACAGAACCAUCAUCAUUAGUUGCUUGGUUACUUGAAAGGAUGGCUCUCCAACCCAGUCUCUUUCUUUCAAUAAAAUGUUUUGGCUAAAAAGA